AUUUUUUUGAAAUUGUGUAGAAAGGCCACAUGUCUUACAAGUGCCUCUCUACUCAAAGCACACGUGUACAUAGAUAUGCUUCAAAAUCAACUUCCAAAGUUCCAUCUUCUAUAUUCUUCUAAGCUUCAAACAAAAGUUUAAAAAAUUUCCCAAUAAUUUGCAGUAGUCCUCUGUUAAACACACACACACACGUAAACAAUAGUGCUAAUUUUAAUACAUCAUGGCCGACAAAUCGGAAUCUCCACCUUCCCCGCCAAACACUCCGCUUCAGGGCCAUACAUCAGAUCUAUUAAGCGACGUCGUAUUGUGGAGAAGAAAGCAGCUCAAUUGCGCCAUCCUUUUAGCUGCGACGGCUCUAUGGACGGUGAUGGAAGUCUACCAAUACAGCCUCGUCACCGUCCUCUCGUGGCUGGCCAUGGCCGCCGCCGUCUGCCUCUUCUUCUGGGGCUCCAUCCACCGCCUCCUCAAGAAGGAGGCCCCUGACCUGUCGGAACUGGAGAUCAGCGAGGAGGCGGCUCGGGAGCACGCGGAGGCUUUCCGGCGGUGGGCCCAGGAAGUCGUCCGGCUGAUAUUCCACGUCAGCACCGAAAGGGAGUGGUUUGUUUUUGCUGGCGUGGUGGGAUCUCUGUAUCUGGUCUCGUUAGUGGCCAGCCAAUUCGAUUUUCUUACACUCGUUUACCUAGGAUUGAUUGGGGGAAUGACGGUGCCCGGGUUUUAUAUGAAGAAUGAGGGAAAGAUAGCGGAGUUUGGUGAUAAAGUGAAGACGAGAGCUCGGAAGGUAUACUCCAUUGUCGAGCAGAGGUUUCAAGAUUUGAAAAACAAGAUUGUGAAGGGGCAGAAAGAGAUCAAAGAGAAGAAGGAGGAGUAGCAUUUUUUUUUUUUGGGGAAUUUUCUUUAGUUUCCUUCAAAAUGUUGUAAUGUUGUUUUUGGAGUUUUGGUGUAUAUUAUCAAAUAAAGUGUCUGAAUAAAUGAAUAAUGGACAUCCGUGGUGCAAUUUUGUUUUUGGAGUUUGCUGUUUUUCC